AUGAAUAUGUUAAGCAUCGCAAUUUUUCUGUUGUCAAAUUUAGCGACAUUGGCUUCAACAUUCGAUACAUAUGUGCUCCACGAACGCAGGAGUGCAAACUUGCCUGAAUGGGUGAAGAGACACAGCGCAGAAGAUCUCAAUCUAGCAAAUUCGUCAAUUCCGAUAAGUAUUGCACUUGCGCAGCGCAACUUGGAGGAGGGCGAGAAAUGGUUGUUGGAAGUGUCAAAUCCAAACUCCGACAGCUAUGGCAAGCAUUGGUCACCAAAAGAUGUUGCGGCUGCUUUUGCACCGAGCAGUCACUUCACGCUUGAACCUGUCAAAACCUGGCUUAAUUCAGUUGGUAUCAUUACUGAACGCAUUGAGCAGUCCCAGAGUCUUGGCUGGCUUCGAUUCAAUGCUACGAUUGACCAAGCAGAGCGCCUGUUGAAAACUAAAUACCACAUCUUUACCCAUAAAAAGACAAAUCAGCUCCUCUUGGCUUGCGAUGAGUACAGUAUACCCGCUGGUCUUCGUGAUAAAAUAGACCUUAUUACGCCUACAGUGCACUUCGAUGUGCAGUCAGAAGCGAGAUACGCUCGCAUGACUUUUGGUAAACACAGUGGCAACCCAUUAAAUCUAAGGGGUCAUGCGUAUUCCUUGCGACACACCACUCAUAUACCAAAUACGAAUGAAGAUUCGGCUGAUUGUUAUAAACGAAUCACGCCUCAAUGUCUGCGACAGCUCUAUCAAUUCCCCAAAGGAUCGAGUGCAAAUCCGAACAAUAGCCUGGGAGUUGUAGAAUUCACUCCGGGAGCAUAUCGACCUUCUGAUUUAGAUUUGUUCUUCGCGAACUUUUCUCCGUCGCAAAUUGGAGCACGUCCAAUUUUUCAUCCGAUUCAAGGUGGGGUGAACCAGCUGAAUAAGUCAGGACCCAGGUUCAACGCCGAAAGUGACAUGAACCUCGCAUAUACAAUGAGCCUCGUGUACCCUCAGCAGGUGACGCUGUUUCAGGUUGGAGACAUUGUGCAAGGUGGUUCAGGUAAUAGUUUCCUGGACGGCAUUGAUGCUUCGUACUGUCUUUACGAAGGCGGCGAUGAUCCCGAUCCAAACAAGGAUGAACUAUAUCCAGAUCCUGCACUUGGAGGUUACAAGAGCAGAGAUUGCGGAAUAUUCCCUCCUACCAAAGUCAUUUCGACUUCAUACCACUAUGAUGAGAUCUAUUUGGGCCCUGCAUACAUGCGGCGACAGUGUUAUGAAUACAUGAAACUUGGGUUGAUGGGUGUGACAAUGCUAUUCUCUAGCGGCGAUGAUGGUGUCGCUGGUGGAGGUGGUAGGUGCAUUGAUGAGCUCACAGGAAAGCUGAGUGAUGGAAACUUAGGCGGCCGGUUUGUUCCUUCGUUUCCUGGCAGUUGCCCCUACGUUACCUCAGUUGGCGCCACAGAACUGAUCAAGAGAAAUGAAACAUCCCCCCUACAUGCUAUGCGCGAAAAGGCUUGUCAAACCGAGAUUAUAUCCGGAGGUGGCUUUAGUGAUGUAUUUCCGAUACCGCAAUAUCAAGUCCCGGCAGUCGAGUCGUAUCUGACCAACCACAUGCCUUCAUAUACUGCCCAUCAGUACAACAGCACCCAGCAAUCGCGCGGAUAUCCAGAUCUGUCUGCUAAUGGAGCUGAUUACGCCAUUGCUAUAAUGGGGAAAUGGACCACUAUAUAUGGUACAUCUUGUUCUACACCCACAGUUGCCUCGAUUAUUACAUUGAUUAACGAAGCGAGAUACAACGCAGGGAAAGUAUCUGUAGGCUUCAUCAAUCCUGUACUCUAUGCCAAUCCUCAAAUGUUCAAUGACAUCAAGGAAGGUCACAAUCCUGGAUGCAAUACUUCUGGCUUUGCCGCAGCGCCAGGGUGGGAUCCUCUCACUGGAAUGGGUACCCCAAUCUUUCCAAAGAUGUUGGAGGUUUUCAUGGCUUUGCCGUAA